AUUCAGUCACGUGCCCGAUGAGCGAGCGGCUGUAGUUAGCGUUCCUGUCCUGUACCGAACAAACACACUAAUACCAGCUUAAAUAUGUCAAAUCACUGAAUCAUUUCUGCGGCACGGUAAGACGUUUCCUGCUGUUGCUCAAGUGUAGCCGAGCUUAGAUCAUAGAUGAGAAAGCGGAGCUCAGCUGUCCAUUCAGCCGCCUGAGAGCGCUGCUAGCUAGCCACUAAUUUACACACAAUGCUAUUACAGCAAGCGGGCUCCUGACAGGCUGACACUGGGUGCCUCUAAAAUAGCUGCUCUCUGAAUCGUCGACCCGGACACUGUUCAUCCGGACCGAGCACGAUGAGAGACAGCAGUGUUGUGUUACAGAGAUAAUGUUAGCAUCAGUGUAUUUGUUACAGAUAUCUAGCGGCAGUUAGCUCAGGCAUGUAGACUGAAAGCUAAUAAACGACGAUAGCAAUGUGACCUUAUGAUGAACCAAUGCAAUCUCUAGAUGUUUCAGGAAAUAAUAGUGCAAACUACUACUGCUGAGGACAAAAAUUAACCCCCAGAAAUGAAAAUUCUGGCAACAUUUAAUCGCCUUCAUGUCAAUCCGCUUUCUGUUUUAGAUAUUUUAAAGAAUAUUUAUUUAGAUAUUUUAAGAAGUGGCACAGUGGUUUUUGUCACCGUGAAAGUCACUGGAAACCGAAACUGUUCUUCAAAAUAUCUUCUUCUGAAUUCAUCUGAAUAAAUAAAGUCAUACAGUGUCAUCAGGCUGAACGAUCAUUUUAUAUGCGUAACUUAAUUGUUUUAAGAUCUACGCAUUUCAUGAAAUAUAACGAAAUUCCUGUUACCCCCCAUAUAUAUAUUAAUCUUGGGUUUAGACUGUACAUUUAAAAAUUGUAGUAGCACAUUCUUCAUCACAUAUUAAAUAUGCUCAGUUUAUUAUUUAAUUAAAGGGAUAAUUCACUCAAAAAAAAGAAAAUUCAAUCAUGAUUUACUCACCUUCACGUUGGUCCAAACCAACUUUUUUGUUCCACGCAAGCGAGAAAGUUCAACAGGUAGACUUUCAACAGGAGGGGGGUUUGAGACUAAUGCGGGGCACUACGGACCGGAAACAUGCAGCAGAAGCGCAACAUUCAGAUCAUAGAAUGGGAGGACUUGGACAAACGCAAGUUCUACUCCUUCGGGGUCUUCAUGACCAUGACCAUCCGCGCCACGGUCUACCCGGCCACGCUGAUCCGCACCAGGCUGCAGGUUCAGAAGGGGAAGUCUCUCUACACCGGGACCUACGAUGCCUUCCGAAAGAUUCUGAGAGCUGAGGGUCUGAGAGGACUUUACAGGGGCUUCAUGGUGACCACAUUCACGCUCAUAUCAGGGCAGGCGUACAUAACCACCUACGAACUGGUAAGGAAAUAUGUCUCCAACUAUUCUAAAGACAAUGCGGUGAAGUCCCUAGUUGCGGGAGGCUCUGCCUCACUGGUGGCCCAGAGCAUUACCGUUCCCAUAGACGUCAUAUCACAGCAGCUCAUGAUGCAGGGCCAAGGGGAGCAUCUGACCCGCUUUAAACUCAAACCCACAAUGGAAGCAACGCACUCUGUAUUUUUCGGCCAGACGAGAGACAUCAUUGGGCAGAUAUUUGCUGCGGAUGGCAUUCGUGGCUUUUAUCGAGGAUAUGUGGCGUCUCUCCUCACAUACAUCCCCAACAGUGCCGUUUGGUGGCCGUUUUACCACUUCUAUGCAGAGCAGUUGUCUAAGAUGGCUCCCAGUAACUGUCCUCAUCUCUUGCUGCAGGCAGUGGCUGGACCUCUGGCAGCUGCCACUGCCUCCACUGUCACCAACCCCAUGGAUAUCGUCAGGGCCCGGGUUCAGGUGGAGGGCAGGACGUCAGUCACUGAGACCUUCAACCAGCUGAUCAGAGAGGAGGGAUUCUGGGGUAUGACCAAAGGCCUCUCUGCUCGCAUCAUAGCCUCAGCACCCACAGCAAUAGUCAUGGUAGUCGGUUAUGAAACUCUGAAAAAGCUCAGCUUACGCCCAGAGCUGGUUGACUCGCGACACUGGUAAAAAAAAAGAAAAAGAAA